GGGGCGGUGACAAACCUGAGGAGGCUGCUGCUGCUGCUGCUGCCUUGUGCUGGAGCGGCUCCUCUCAGAGCACGUUCAAUGAAUGUGGGGGAGGGAGCACCGAGCCGCAUGCAGGAGCCGGAUAACGGGGAGUCCUGGAGUAUUCAUCCCGCCGGGAGGCUGCUCCGCUUGGGGGAAUGAUUGAUACAGUGUUACUUUCUGUGGCUGGAGCCGUGGACAUGUUCUGAGUAAUGUAUAAGAUCUGUGAUGUCACCCCAGUGGGCCGGGCCUGGGAGCUCCCUUGAAGCAUCAUGUUUCACUAUGAAUGUUAGAACAGAGGAAUUCUAAAGUACAGGACGGAUGAGGAGCGAGCUGCUUCAUUGAUUUCAGAACCACUGGACUACAAAACCUCAAAAAGACGGAUUUCUUUCUUUUUUAUAUUCUCCAGUCCAGGAUACCCAAAUUCUUUUUAGUGGGUAUAGUCUGGUUCAGCACUGGUUGCGGGCAGUCGAUGGUCUACACCAUGUGUCAUGUCAUAGUAACAUGUCGUUCUAUGCUGUGGACCAUCCUGAGUAUUGUCGUCGCCUUUGGAGAACUUAUAGCUUUUAUGAGCGAGGACUGGCUGGUGGGCAAAGCAAAGAGCACGGAUAUCGACAACAGGACUGGCGGUCACCAUGAACCUUACCGGCCAACACUGGGCAUCUACGGACGUUGUAUCAAGGUGCCUAAAGUACAGUACUUCAGGAGGGACGCUCUCUGUGGUCCUUACGCGGAGCAUUUCAGCGAGAUAGCGAGUGGUUUCUGGCAGGCUACCGCUAUCUUCCUUGCCGUGGGGAUAUCCAUCCUCUGUAUCGUUGCUUUUGUCUCCGUCUUUACGAUGUGCGUGCAAAGUGUCAUGAAAAAAAGUAUAUUCAAUGUAUGUGGGCUGCUACAAGGAAUUGCAGGUCUCUUUCUUAUACUCGGCCUCAUCAUAUACCCUGCUGGAUGGGGAUCUCAGAAGGUGGUCAGUUACUGUGGACAUUAUGCCUCUGCCUACAAACUGGGGGAGUGUUCCUUGGGGUGGGCUUUCUACACGGCCAUAGGAGGCACCGUCCUCACCUUCAUCUGCGCCAUCUUUUCUGCACAGGCUGAAAUCGCCACCUCUAGUGACAAAGUUCAGGAAGAAAUAGAAGAAGGAAAGAACCUCAUCUGUUUGCUUUGAUGGCCAAUCAGCCUUCAUCAAACACUUUAGAGACUUUAUAAAGGGAUGAUCAUGUUUACAUGGCCCGCUUCUUGCAUGAAUGGAUGAUAAACAUUCAUGGUUCGUCAUGCUCCGGCUUUUUCUUUGUCCAUCAAGUGGAAAGGGGUCCUAAACCAGGAGAUGGGACCAGAGGUGUGAUUGUAGUGCUCGGCACAUGGAAACGAAGUGCAAAGAUUUGUGUACAGUACUUGCCAAUGUUCUGAUCCUUCAGCUUUUGAAAAGUCACUUUAAAACUGUAUUUUCUCCUUUGCAUAUCGGAAAGCUAACCAUGUAUUUUUGGACAUAAUAGGAUUUUUUUUUAAUGAUUUAGUUUUUCUGAUUUGAAGCCACUGCUUGUUGUGUGCCACUAAUCUUAGCGAUUGUAAAACUGGAAACAUUUUACUUUUCUCAUGUGGUUCUUUUUGUGGUGCAAACGAAUGUUUAGAUACAUUAUAUGAUUAAUAUUUUUAGGUAUGGAGAGAACCACUGCAUUAACAAUGGGAAAUACUUUGAAUACAGCCAUUUAAAUAGACUUUUGAAGGGGUCUUACAAAUCCAGGUAUUUAUAACACCCUAAUCCUUCACUGCCUUGUGGGGGCUGAGCCACUUCAGUGAGUAUCACUCUAUCAGUUGGUGCAUAUUAAGGUAUUGAUAGAUCCUUUACUGUACCUAGGCAGAAUUAACCAUUUUGUUCAUCCAAGUUGUCUUAAAAUUAUAGCCGUGUGGUCGGGGGUUGCAUUCAGAGCCUCCACUGGACAUGCUGUCAUUGUUGGCAACUUGCCAUCAAAAUGCCGGACUCUUUGAUGGGACCUCAAUGGAUGUCUACAUUUGGGUCUGUAGGAUACUUUAAGGAACCAUUGUGUCACAACCAUAGCUUUAGUAAAUUAGCCAUAUUGUGCUGCAGGGAACUCGCACAAAUUCUGCUCUGUAGCUUUAGCCUUAAAAAAAACACUUUUAGACUCCAUUGAAUGUACUAACAUUAUAUGUGCACACAAUGUAAGCUCUACAAACAGCACAGAGUUGACCCAUGGCAACAGCAAGUAAUGGACUAACUAUUAUGACUGUAUAGAGUUAUGUGGUUCAUUUGUUUGGGAGUCCUAAAAGCACACUUUAUAAGUUUCAGUUAAGCAGGGACCAAAUACUUGGUGCUUUAUAUUUCCUAUACCUGCCCAUUUUUUAUACCAGAUUUUGCUUACAAGUGAUGCCUCGGCUCAGUAUGUCUUGCUAGAAAGUCUACAAAACUAAGAUUGUGGUGCCAGUCAUAGUGCUCAACAUCAAAGCUUUAGACUUCAUCAACCUUUUUUUUUUUCCAGCUGUAAAACCACAAUUCCCAUCAUGCCCUGACAGUCUUCAGCUUUUAUGGCAUCAUGGGGGUUGUAGUUUUGCUACAUCUGGAGAGCGAUAGGUUGGGGAAGACUGCUGUAGACCAUUGCACAUAGUGACCUAUCAUCUGUCAUAAGAGUUCAAUAUAAUCACUAUGCCAUUACUUUGACUAGGACUUAUUAAUGUACUUAUGGGUAUUGUUUGUUGUGGUUUUAAGUGCUAUUAUUACAUAGUAGUAUUUGGAAAUGCACUAUACCGCCUAAGCUACACAUCCAUUCCUCCGCCAUAUACACAGUAGACAAUAUGGUGGUUUCCCAAUUAGGAAGUUCUUAGAAUUUUAAGUGUUCUUACUUGAUAAUGAAGUUCUCUACUAUAUCAUAUUUAUUAUGUUAAGCAAAAACAAAAAAAGGGCAAAUCUUUCUAAAGAUUCACUCAACUCUAGAUGGAAGGUAAACAAGGAAUGUUUAGGGAUUUGCUGUCCGUUUUCCCUAGUAAUAGGCAACUGGUCAUAUUGUCAUUUAUUUCCCUAUGGGAAUGUAUUGGAAAUGUAUUACUUGCCUUCUCUAAAGAUCCAGGCACAUCCAUCUUAGAAAUUUUUCCAAGCUGUCAAGGUUGAAGAAUAGGCCAGAGCACCUAGCCAUAUAAACAGUUUUGUAGUAUAUAGGGCAGUGAUUCACAACCAUUUUUCCAUCCUGAGGAACCUUAACUAUCAAGUCCACAUUGGACACCUCACUUCUUAUACUCCUUCCGAUACAAACAUAUAACAAAGUGUAUAUUAAUGUCCAUUGCCCUAAUGUAUCUCAGCAUGAUCCGAGAAAGUCAGUCGGAGGGCAUAGAAAGCAUAAAAUAGCUUUGUUUUGUCCACCCCAUGCCAAGCAUCAAUGAGUUGAAGGUCAACCCACCAUUUCCUGCAUUGAGAGAUUCUACCAACAUGUGGUUGGAAAAUACUGAUUCUCUGCAUUAUAAAGCAUAUAAAAAUAAUAAUUUUCUGAAUUUCAUGAGACCUUUCUACUAUGCAUACUUUCUGCCAUAAUUCAGGAGAUUGUUAACAAUAUCCAAUCUUUGUCCUCAGUGGUUCCCUUUACCAUUAAAACUGAUGCACACGCAACUAACCUAAUGUUAAAAAACAUGAUAUACAAACUGACCUAUGAAUUAUGGCAGACCAUGGGUUACAAAGCAUUACUUACACUAUAAUCUGGUAUGUGCCAACUCUAGUAAAUGUUUAUCUAGCCAAGUUUUGUGGCUGUUCUUCAUUAUUCAGUAUUGCUACAAGCCAAAGGACAACUAAGACAUCAUGUACAUGGGAAUAAUUCAAUAAUAGGCCAUCUGAUGGGCCAGGCCACCAUUUUUUUUCUAUUUAAAGUAUGUCGGAUAUGAAAUACUGGUAUACAGUAUAGCCCCAUAGACUUAUGUGGAUGCCUAUUGCAGCUUUAUACAACUUAGAGGUUGCACAGAGUUCAGCUCUUCUAUGGAGCGUUCUUGGUGGCUUUACUUUACUUUCAGUAGGGUCCAUGUAUAACACCAUACAGGCUAACAUAAUAUGGAGCUCAUGUAUAAGAUUUCCAAAGUCUCAAAUGUGUUUUACUUGCAUCAUAAAACAUGGCCAUCAAGCGCCAACGCUUCCGAUGUUACAUAUUGCACAUCAUCUCGAGAUCAUACUAUUCACCCAAACUUUUGUCACAUUUGGAAGAGUAUGAUGUGAGGGAUCAAACAAAUAAAAUGCCUUGUUUUAUAUAUUGUGAAACUUUAUCAGAAUGCCUGUGGUCUGGUAAAUCUGUGUACACAAGCCAUAUUGUAUUGUCUCGUGCCAUAAGAUUUCUUGUUUUUACUAAUCUGUAGCAUAUUUAAAGUGGAUCUGUCAACUGGAAAACAGGGGUGUAAAUAAGCACAUGGAGACAUAGGGCUACUUAUCAUGAAUCGGGGCAUACCUGAGCCAUAGGCUUACUUAUACCAGUUUCCCUGCUGACAGGUCCGAUAAAAAAUAAAAAAAAGUGCAAUACAAUGCGAAGUAUUAAUUAUGAAGUGGUGGGUUUUAAUGUUUACCUGUGGCCAAGGUAUAGUAGAGGCCUUCAUAUUGUGCGAUUAAAUAGUGCACGUGGUUCCAGGUUGGGUUAUCAUAUUUUAUUAUAUUGAUAGUAUAUCCAAAUGAAUAUCGAUGCACCCCGCACCCAUGCUGCCUUCCCUGCACCUCGGCCACGGGUUCUCUAACACUCCGAAGAAGCUUAAUACAAACUUUUGUACAUACUCAAUUUUAUGAAAUUCCACAACCAAAAUGUUAUGCUUUUGAUACUGUGAGUUUGGGGUCUUUGGAAAUAAGCAAAAUGAGACUCUUACAAUAGAAAAUAAUAAAUAAAUAAAAAAUAG